AUGAUCCAAACCGCCAUUAUGAGCGGAAUACCAAUCGCCGAAGACAAUAUCAUCAACCGGCGGGGUGGAGAAUCUAUCUACCAAAGCUGUGUGAAUUUGAGGCGUCGUCUCUCAGAGGUGCCCAACUUUGAGCCCUAUUUGCAGGAGAUGGCGACGGAGGAUAAACUACGAGGCAACACCGAUCCGGUCGCAUCCCUCUGGCAGUGCCUGCGGAACGGCUACCCCCUCCUGAGCAUCUACAAUGCCUCCGGGCCCGAUGAAGAGUUGGUCGUAGACCCGGCCAAAGUCCCCGAGGCGAAACGUCCCAAAGCGGCUACGUUCAAAUUCUUGCAGGCCUGUCUGCAGGAUCUGGCCUUCCCCCAGCAAGAUUGCUUCUUGAUCACCGAUUUAUACGGAGAGAGUACCACCGGCUUCAUCAAGGUGAUCAAGAUGGUCAAUCGAGUGGUGGACAUCCUGGAGAUGCAGGGUCAACUCAAGCGGCCCGAGGUGACGGAUGCGCCCGUUGGUGCACCGGGGAAUGUGAAGCUCACCAAGCGGGAGCACAUUCUCAAGGAAUUAUUGGAGACCGAGCGCGAUUACGUGCAUCAUUUGCAGAAUUUGCAGGCGCUGAAGAAAGAGUUGGAGGAAGCGGGUGCUUUGACCGGUGAUGCAAGCCAUCAGAUCUUCUUGAACCUGAACAACCUCCUGGAUUUCGCUCAACGGUUCCUGAUUCGAAUGGAACAGCACUAUGCUCUCCCAGAGGAAAUGCAGAAUUGGGGCCAACUCUUCUACUCGCACGAGGAUGCUUUCAAGCAGUAUGAGCCUUUUAUUGCCAAUCAAAUGCGCUGCGAUGAGGUGUGUCUACAAGAAUGGGACAAGAUUCGCAGUGCGCCCCGACACCCGGAUCUCCAGCAAAUGGUUGCGCAACCAAAGACUUUGAACGGAUUCUUCGUGAAACCAUUCCAACGUUUAACGAGAUAUCCCCUCAUGCUCUCUGAGCUGCGUAAACAAGCCGAAGAUCCCCAAAUCAAAGCUGACAUCAGUCGAGCGAUCGACACCAUUCAAAGAACUCUUGACUCGGCAGAUGAAGCCAUUCACAAGGAACAUUUGGCGGCGGCCGUGGUCGACCUGUCCGAGCGCGUGGACGAUUGGAAGUCGUUGAAAGUGGAGGCUUUCGGGGACCUGUUGCGUUUCGGCACCUUUGCGGUCGUCAAGGGUGAUAGCGGCAAAGACACAGAGCGAGAGUAUCACAUCUACUUGUUCGAACGAAUCCUACUCUGCUGCAAAGACAUCAACCCGAACAAGCAGAAGAGCAAGCUCAUGAUGAACAAGGACAGGCCUUCUAACUCAGCCAAAGCCAAGCCACGUCUGCAGAUCAAAGGUCGAAUCUAUAUGGCAAAUGUGACGGACAUUGUUGGUCUACAAAAGCCUGGGCUCUAUCGGAUUCAGAUCUUCUGGAAAGGCGAUGCCGGGGUGGUCGACAACUUUAUCAUUCGGUAUAUUAGCGAAGAGACAAUGCGCAGCUGGUACAAGGAGAUCGACACGCAACGCGCAAUCCAAUCAGAACGUCGGACGCUUCGGAAUACGGGCACGUCAGACAGCGAGUUUAUGUACAUGGAAGGCAUGGCCAACAUGCCAAAUCCCUUCCAGCAAGAAUACGAAGUUGAGGAAGGUCUCAAGGAUGGUGGCUACCAUUCCGAGUUCCCUAUGAGUCGCAACGCGUCUAGCACUAGUCUGAGGACUCGAUCUGCCACUGGAGGCAGCACCAAUUCGGUACCUCACUCCAACGGCCGGCCACGCUUCGCAGGAGAUCCCGCUCUCUCUGUGCACACCCAGUUUCCCGGGUCAGGCAGCAUGUCUCCUGGUGAACGGAACGGGAACUCCUACUUCUCGCCCACAGAAACACCGUCCACUCGAUCUAGCUCCCAGUCUGGGUUCUCGUUUGGUCGUCAAAAUACCAACUCGACCUCAGCUUCGAGUGUAUGGAACGAGGAAGGCAAUCGACACACUGCGCCUGCACUUUCUCGUGGAACCUCCCGUGACGGAACGCCGACUGGCUACUUUCCUCCUCAGUCCAAUGGUCGAUCCGCUCAGCGACCCUCGCUUCCUCCUCUAUCAGGGUCCCAAGCGGCAGCUAAUGGCCUGGCUCAGCGCAUGCGAUCAGCCAGCAGUCCUGAUAUUCAUCACCACAACAAUCCCUCUGAUUCUCGGCGGUAUAUGGGCACGGCCGACAACGUGCCUGUUCCUCCCAUCCCUGCACAUAUGGCCAGCAUGAAGGCCCCGAUCAACCGCAGCCAGAACAAUUCCCCCACCAACAAUCAACUGCCUGUCCGUACCCAUCCACAUGUGGGUCACUCCACCCAGUUCACCGAGCCCGAGUACAAUGAGCAUCGGGGAUCCGGCCAGAUUUCUGAUCCGGCCACGUCCCCGCUGGAUCAAGGCCCGGACGAUGGAGAUCUCUUCAUGCCGACCCAGCUCAAGGCCAAGGUGAAUUUCGAGGACCACUAUGUCACGUUAGUCGUUGCGACCAAUAUUCUCUUCCGCUCGUUGACGAAUCGGGUGGAUGCCAAACUUGCCAAUCUCACCGACCGUUCUAUUAGCAGCAAGACUAUCCGGCUUCGUUAUCGCGAUGAGGAUGGGGACUUUAUCACCAUUGACAAUGAUGAAGCGGUCCAGCUCGCCUUCCUGGAAUGGCGCGAGCAGCAUCGAGAUGAGCUUGCCAAGGGACUGGUUGGCGAGAUUGAGCUGUACUGCCAAGUGGUUGAUUAA